AUGCCUCCUAAGCACAAAAAGGGUGGUCGUGAAAGUGUUUCUGUGGAUAUAUUCAGCAACCUUCCAAGUGAUGUAACUGAUGCUAUUCUAAUGUGUUUACCUUUACGAGACAUUGUGAGGACAAGCAUCUUAUCAAAACGAUGGAGAUAUAAGUGGUGCAAACUUCCUGAGUUGACACUUAAUUUAAAUCAUUUGGAAACGAAUGACUUGAUACCUCCUACUUUGCAGUUUACCAACAUUAUGUAUCACCUUUUGACCCUUCAUGUUGGACCAAUUAUUAAGUUUACUCUUUCUAUUAAUAUUUUCCUGGAAACUUGCCCAGUGAUUGACAACUUGAUAUUUUUCCUCUCAAGAAAUGGCAUUCAGCACCUUGUUCUUCAACUACCGAGUAAUGGCAAAUUGCCUUCAUUGGUAUUCAAAUGUUUGCAGUUGAGACAUCUAGUUAUCAAAUAUUGUUUGAUUGUUUCCCCACCAGCCUUUGAAGAAUUUGGUAGGUUAAUAAGCCUUGAACUAAGUGAAGUCACAAUUUCUUCCAAAUUGGUUGAAAGAUUAAUCUCUAAUUGCUCAAUUCUCCAGAAAUUAGUGUUGAAACUCUGGACAUUGACAAACGUUGUUGAAAUUAAAGCUCCAAUGCUGAGAUCUUUUUAUUUUAUUGGAAGUAUACAAUAUAUCUGCUUCAAGAAUAUCCCUCUUCUGGCAAAUGUUUCGCUUAUAGACAAUGAAUCUUCUGAAAAGUCAAGCAAAUGUGAUAUUACCAAUUUUUUCAAGUCUUUUGUUGUUCUCGAGAGUCUAAAGUUGAAUGAAGCUAGUCUCAAGUUAUUUGCAGCGGCGGCAGGUGGAGUACCAACAAGGCUUCCCUUUCAUCUUAAAUUUGUCAAAUCUCUUCGUAUAUCUUCUGUCGCUCUGGAUCAACAGGAUGAGAUCUUGUGUGCUCUUUGCCUGAUCAGAAGUUGUCCUUAUUUAGAGUACAUGAAAAUUUAUAAGGUGAGUUUUUUUGAAGAGGAUAGUCCUGCUCCGCCAUGUCUUGAACUUGAACAUUUAUCAGAUGUGAUGUUUAGUCACCUCAAGGAAGUUAAGCUGCAAGGUUUUCUAGCCACAAAGGCCGGGAUGCAGCUUAUUAAACUUUUGUUAGACAAGUCACCUGUGUUGGUACGAAUGCUAAUUAAGCCCUAUAUAGAUGAUUAUGAUCAUUCUUCACUGUAUGAGUCUCUUACCAAAAUAUACAGUUUUCUUGUUGUUGUAAAAGCAUUUCGACGUGCAUCACCUAAUGCAGAAGUAGCAUUUGACAUUGAGUAUGAUUCAGAUUAUGACGAUCUCUGA